AUGGUCCAGCUGUUUCUCGUUAACCCCAAACUCGAGCUCUUGGACUGCAACUCAUGUCCGUCGCAGGAUGCCUUGCAGUGCUCCGAGCAGGCGCAUCAGACAGCACUGGAAAGGUACCAAAAGGUGGCAGACUUGGAAAGAGCAAAUUCGUCCGCCCCUAGAAAGGCUACCCAUACCGAGGUGGAGUACUUUAAGACGAUAGCUGAUUACACUGCCGCUGAGUACUACUACCUGAAGUGCUACAGAGAGAUCAACGCGAUCGCCGAGAAGCAUUUCAGCAAACCUGAACUCACCAUCGAGGACGAGAACAAAGGAAUGGCCUUGCUUAAUGAACAGCUUGAAAAAUUCAAGCAAUAUGAAAAGGACUUGAAGAAGCUCAAGAUGAACAAAGAACGUCUUUCGCGGAGAUUGAAGCUCUCGCAGUAA